AUGGGUUUCACACAAAUCAGGUUUUACUACUUUAAAAAGAUUGUGGGCCGAGUGCUUCUGAUCAUGACCAACAGGAAUGCCGAGGGCGAAAACGCGGUGAGAUUUUUCACUGAUUCUGACUCUGACGUAAGGCCUCGAGCUUGUAACUCUUUCACCCGCCUCCCAGAUGAUAACUCAACCUUGGCCCAGAAGUGUGAGAAAUGGGGUUAUUUCGCACUAAACAGCUGGGGACAUAGUCGAUAUUCGAAUGAGAAACGUCUCUAUCAGAGACCACUGUUUUGGAAAAGAACGAACAACGAAAGUUAUUUUUAUCGAUGCAUUGGAAGUGAUGGGCCUUACCAGUGUGAUGAUGAAACAGCAGCGAUGUCCUUGGGGGACACGUGGCAAAUAUAUGUGCGAUAGAAAAGAACUGACUAAAGUAAAGUUGAAUGAAUUAAAAGUGAUUUUGACUUGAGUCCACCUGAAAUGAAGUCACCUUAUUAUCUUGGAGAAAAACAAUUUUUCGUCUACUUUCGACACGCUAAACUACACCUAUCUAUAAAACUUGUUUCGUCUGAGACGACCUCGUUGGCUGGUUGUAUCAACUAACGAGGUCGUCUUAGACGAAAGUUGCUUCAUAGAUGGCGUACUGCUUAAGUGUGUCGAGAAGUAACCAGAAAACAAGGAUUUUCGUGAUUAAGGUAAAAUUCAGUGAUGCUUUCUUGGCUUCCGUCGAGUGAAAUCUCCCAGAAACUUGAGAUCAACCUACAUUGUUCAUAUGGUAAUACCCCAGUGCAUUAAGAAUAUUUUGCAGUAUUUAAAUUGCAUAGAUCACCACAAUUACAUCGCAAAGAUGCAUGGGCUCCAACAUACUUCUAUGUAGUGUAAUUUUAGCGUAAAUUUGUAGCUCUACUUUUCAUGGCUGUUGCACCAUCCUAGUUGAGCUCGACCAAGGAAGAAGCGUUGCUUGUAACAAAUGUCACCACGCUACAAAUAGUGGUGCGUAGUGUUUGAUAACUAAAUAGAAUUUAGAGAAAGAUGUUGUUUUCGUCUUGUCACGAGCGUGGGACAAAGAAAAAAAUUCUGAGUCCCCAUGAGGAAUCGAACCUCAGACCUUCACUAAACCACAGAGACUCCACGGUUAGCGAGGUUUAUUACGAAGUUCACUUGACACACGUCCUGCAUACUGCUAGGAUCAGCAAUGUCGAUAGCGUAAUGUAGUAAAUAGUAUUUACUCGAGUAAAACAUUAAGCGAUGAAAUGAACUUUCUACUUUUUCCUUGCAUAAAAACAUAGAUGCAAGAAUGCACGCGGUAAGACUGAGCAAACACAGAUUACAGCGUAUAAAACGUUGAAAAGAAGUACAAAGAAUAGUGUGAACUGGAGUACAUUUUGAGAACUGUGGUCAUUAGUGAUAUUUUGAAAGUUUUUGUAAAUGCACAUUAUCAGUAUAUUUGUAAGCUGUAUAAGAAGGUGAUGGUCUUUCAUCCAGCUCUCCAUCCAGGAACCAUCCGCCUUGACUGGAAAGCAAUAAUACAAGUUUUAAGUCACAAAAAGAUCACACGAUAUUUUUGCAUUUUUUGAGCCAAGUCCCUCUUACUAUCAUUGGCCGAAAAAGUGAAAUUUUGAGAUAAUUUCGUUGCAAAUUCAUUCACAAUGAAAGACUGAACAUGAUCGGUCAGAUAUCAAAUCCCUAUUGGAAUCAGUUUGGCACCAGACUUAAGUUCUGUUUACCGCCGAACCCAUGGAUUUACAAGGAGGGGGAAAGGGUAAAGAGGCCAGCCCUCUAGAGGUUUCGUGCAGUUUUUUGUUUAAAAAGGAACCUAAUUUUAUAUCAAAAUCAUUUCUACAAUUAGCAUAUUUUUCGUAAUCAGGUUUUGAAUUUUGACUGAAAUAAACCUUACACGGAGCAGUGUUCUUUCAGACAUUUUUGAUCGUUAAUUUACCUGUGCGUUCGGAAUCAUUAUCGUCCACUUUUCUUUCACUCGCUCCAUCUCCUCCUUCAGCCUCCACAUCUAAACAUUAAAUCAAUAUUACUAAAUAAAUAUAUAUAUAUAAAUAUAUAUAGCUGCUACCAUAGUUUUUCCAUAGUUUUUAUUCCAGCAAUUUCUUUUUGAUUCAAAAUAGCUCUUUUAUGAUCCUCUUGCGCGUAUGCAUCUCAUUUCCCCUCCCAUUCCUCAGAAAAAGGUACCAAUGCAAUACAAUACAUUUCGUUUCAUUUAUUCCUUACCUGUACAACUGAGAUCAUCCGCAAUAUAUUUUUCACCGUGAAGAGGGAAGAAUCCUCCUCCAUAACUGAAAACGAAAUCGUAGCUCAAAUCUAACUUUAUGUCGCAUUACUGAGGAUUUCACGCCUUUUCGGCGUCGUUAAUUUUCUUCCCGUCAAAAUGAAAUUCUUAAGUAUUUCAUCCGAUGCAAUUUGUUUAUAAUAAAACAACCUAAUCCUGGUCCAAGUAAGUCACAACCUGAAAUCGAGGAACAUUUUCUUCGCAUAGAUAUGCCUCUUCACGUUAAGUUCUCCUGAUAUUAUACACAUCGUUCCUGCAUUCAGCUCAAAAUUCUUGCACAUAUGAUUUCGCCCUAUUACAACCACGCGUGACCAAAACGGAAUUUCCCCUUUCAGCGUCAGUAUAUUCUCAUGCAAGGAGACAGUGAGAAGAAGGAAAUGAAUCAACUUAAAGAUAUCCUUUGAUUUAACACUGAAUUCUCAGAGCUAACAUCACAAGAAAUGUUUUAAAAAUACUAUAGAAAGUUUCUUAACGUGAAACAGCAUUCCAGUGUCAUCAUUCUUGUUCCAGAAACCAUCUAUUGAUUCUGGGACGAUGCGAAUAAGAAUUGUAAAAUAUUAUUUUUUAAAUGCACCCAGUGAAAUUUCUACAUCAUAAUUUAUUGAGAAAACCAAUUAAGCAGUCUAACACAAUACCUUCAACUAAACCAAAUCCAUACAACUACGAAAAUAUAAUCAACUUCAUUUUAUAGCGCGCAGUUGGGGUGUUAAGCCAGAACCUUCUAUGUCUGAUCUUCUAUCAUGAGCUACAGUUGUUUGAAAAGACUAAGAGACUCUUAAUUCUUGAUUCUUACCUAGAAUAUUGUUCAACAGAUUUGUCAUGUCAUCCUGACCAUUGACGAUAGCCAAGAGGUAACAAACCUGAGUGCAAUGUUUAUCAAUGAAAUAAACGUUCCACCCUGUAUUAAGCGGUCAGUUUUCAAAGUACCGCAUUUUUUACCACUCAAUCGUUGUAAUUUUCUCCUCUAAUAAGCGGUCACCUCUAUCAAGCGAUCACGGUCACCUUUUACUAAGUUCCAACGGCCUGUUUUUCUGUUUUUCUCUUUUGUUUUUGUUUUUUUUUUUGUCCGCCACCUUUAUUGAAUGGUCACUGAAAGUGGAACCAUCCAGAGAAUAAUCUUUGAGAUAAUUCUUAAUCCAUGUUUGUCUCCCAAAAUCAAAGUAUUAGUAGUAGUACCAGUAUUUCGAGCGAGGUUCUGUACAUCAAAUGGUCAGUUAUGGCAUAAAGUGGCGUUGUUUAUCGUUUUUUAUAAUACCCCUAAUCUGUGGAACCUGUAUAUAGCGGCAAACCUGUCUUAAGCGGCCAUUCUCCGUGAGUGACCGCCAAGAAAAGGCUUGACUGGAUAAAACGAAUUAUCUUUUCAGCAGAUAACAAAGAGGUUAAAUGUGUAACAAGCCCCCCUCAGAGCUGACUGCUGAGUUUUCUAGUGGACUAAUGACGGCCGGAAACAUUGAAAACCAAAUUAUGUUUUACACAACUAGCUCUGCGAAGAUAUCAAGAGGUAAGAUUGUGUGAUGAUCUCCUUAAAACAUUAAACAAUCAAUAAAAUCACUUAUUAAAUUAAAUUUUGCAGCUGUCCUAUUUUACUUGGUGAACUUUCUUUGCAGUUUUAGUCAUAAAUUUAUUCAUCAAAGUGGGUGGGUGAUUAUUAGUUUUAAUUAGCCUUUUCUAACGUAUUGAGAUGUUAUUUCUAUAUUUUGUAUAGCGGCCUCCUGGAGAACGAGGUUCAGUGCAUUUUCCCUGAAAAGGUGAGAAAAGAAACUGUUUUUAGUAACUACAAUGUUCAAGUUUAAACUGAAUCAUUCACAAGAAAUGCGGCAGUUGUGAGUUAAUGAUACGAUGGCACCAUAAGAAAGGGCAAAUUCAAUUGUAAGCUUGUGUUUUCGCACUCGAUCAUCGUUGGAAACCCUAUGACUGUCGCAUUCGACACGGUAACUGAGUACUUUUAAGACCUCGUCAAUCAAGUUGUGUUUGCUCUGACGAGAAGAAUCUCAGUCCCAGAAAAAAAUUUACAUUUGGCUAAGAGAAAAAAACUGAUGAUUUAUUUUUUAAUUACAAAUCUUCUUAAUCAAAACGUGACUUGACGGAUUUUGGAGAAAACUUAAGCUUAAGAGAGUUUAGUCCAGCAAGAUUUUCUUGACAAGACUUUCGCUGAAAUAAGUAGCAAGGAACUUUUCUUUGGCGAUGAAGAUUGAUGUUAAGGGUUCUACGCCCCGAAAUGAAAGCAUACAUAUGCAUUUUACAAAAUUAAUGAAGUUGUGCUUGAACUAAAAACAAAUAAACACAAAUAUCUGACCGAAAAAAGAAACUAUAUGAAAUAAAAAACGAACCGACAAUUUAGGUCAAAGAUAUUCUUAGAUACUAAACAACACGGCAACGUUAGCAAAAACUAACGUAGAUGAUAACGAAACGACGAACCAAGAACUACGUAGUGUAAAUCAACUAAUUGAAAAAAGACUGCCCAUGGCGAGUGAAGCAUACACGUACUAAUGAGAAACAAGUGCCCACAGCGAUCAUGUAAUUAUUGCAGAACCUCACGCAGAAACGCGAAUAUGAUUCAAUAGAAGUUGAAUUCCUUCGCUGUUACAUCUAAUAGUCGAACUGCGUUGUAAAUUCUAGCUGCUACGGGCGAGUAUAGUACACUUGCAAACGUAAACGAGAGAGCGAACUUGAGGUCUUAACCUGUCUUUGUGUAUUUCAGAAUGUUUGCCAAAGCAAUAACGGCCCUAUUUUACAUAGUGGUCCAACCCACAGCGGUUUUUGGUGACCAUGCAAAAAGUCUUGUAUGCCGGGACAACAGAGAAGAGCAUGGUUUUGCUUUAGUUGGACAUGACUACAGAAGUGAAUCCGCACACCAUUUUGGUCACUGUUUCUUUGAGUGCAGUUCAGAGGAAAAGUGUCAAAGUGUGACGUAUCUUUGGGAUCAAAAGGAAUGUAGAUUGAACAAGGAGACAAAGAAGUCAAGACCAGAGGAUUUCAUAGAUAACGCAGCUGCUACCUAUAUGGAGAAUAACUUUCGAGGUAGCCUAGAUAACUCUCUGAUCCCAGGUAAGAUAGAAGCGCAUGAACUGACAGAAGACCUCUUACUUCUAUUUUCUUACAGCAAAGAAAGGCUCAAAAUCUUUGGUCCCAGGCUAUUCCUGCCAAGAUAUCUUGACAAGCGGUGACGCUGAGGGGGAUGGUGAGUACUAG